UGUGAGUGGGUACAAAAUGGCGUGUAUGCAUAUCAAGUCGAUAAACGUCUCGCUUCCUCUAAAGCCGUCUUUUUUACACUCCUACAAUGUCUGUUCGAGUUUCUGUUGAUUGAGAUUCUGAAAUUUGCUCUUACACAUUUAAUGAAGUUCUGUGCAAGCUAUUUCCGCCCUUCCACGUUAUGUUGUGAAGGGUAAUCAGUGCAGAUUAUGCUUUCCUGUGGAGCCUAACGUCAAGCUAAUGUUUAGAAGAUGCAAUCUAGAUUUGGAUCCAAUCCAAGCUGUCUCUGAUCAUUUAAGUGAAAGAGUGAAGUUGGAGGCUCCAGAUUCUUUGGGUCAAUCAGAUAAUCUAGAUCUCUUUUUGAAGCGUAAAAUCAAAAAAGACUGCGCUAGCAGUGACGACUUGCUAAACAUGAAUAACAGCAAUUUGAUGUACCGAGGUAUGUUCUUUAUGAACGAUGAGGCCAGGCAUUUUCUAGCUCCAGCUCUGCCAAUAGCUCCGGAGAGUAAAUAUUUCCGGGAUGGCACUGGAAAUACUCAGCAACAACAGCCACAGCAGCCUCAACAACAGCCGCAGCAACAGCAGGAUCCUAUGUCAAAUCAAUCUGCGGCAGAUGUAGCUCACUUGAACAGCAAUAUCUCUGAUGCCAACCAUUCCUCAAAUCAUGUUCAACAGCCUCAGCAGACUAUUACUGCAGUAGCUAAACCAACGUUGAAAGCUAGACCACAUAGUUGUGGGGAGUGCGGCAAAACAUUUUUAAUGAAGCAUCAUCUUACAACCCAUUUGCGAACUCAUACAGGAGAGCGUCCUCAUAGUUGUCCAGAAUGUGGUAAAACAUUCGCCUUGAAACAUUGUUUAAGCACCCACCUUCUGCUUCAUACUUCUGAUCGGCCGUACAAGUGUGCAGAAUGUAACAAAUCAUUCACUCUCAAACAUCAUCUGGUAUGCCAUGAAAGAGUCCAUAGUCGGGAUAGGCCUUUUGAAUGUCCAGAAUGUGGGCAAAGAUUUCCUCAAAAGAGGCAUCUGACCACACACAUUAAGUUCCAUUCUGGUGAAAGGCCAUAUUCAUGCCAGAUUUGUGGUGAAUCAUUCUCCAGAGAGGAGCAUUUCAUUAUGCAUUCAAGGUUUCAUGGUGGCACAAGACCCUUUGUUUGCUCUGACUGUGGGGCAGGGUUCUUCCGCAAGUUUGAGCUUGUUAAUCACGAGCGGAGGCAUGGGCGCAUUCCGGAUUCUUGUCCCAACUGUGGAAAAGAAUUUCUGCAGAAAAGAACCCUCCUGGUACAUGUCCGAACUUGUGGGGUUCAAGCAUCAACCUUGAAUAUUGCAACUUUGCCGUCACCGCAACGGUUCGAUCCUCCACCCACCGCUACGAAAGUUUGCAGGGAAUGCGGUGAAGCCUUCACAAGCUCAGAAGGACUUGCAUUGCAUUUGAGGUUACACAUAGGUGAUCAUAGUUUUCUGUCAGAUAUUUGUAGUCUGGCAGCAACACUAAAGCAAACAGCUACAGUGGCUGCAACAUCUGCUGCAGCAGUCAUGUCCAAGAAAAGCCACAUUUGUGAGGAUUGUGGGAGAGGUUUUACUCAAAAACAUGGACUUAUUCAACAUCGACACAAAUAUCCAGACAGGACGUGUAAAGAGAAACCGUUUGCUUGUGCUAAAUGUGGCAAAGCUUUUCUUCAGAAGAACCAUCUUUCUCUUCAUGAGAGACAGCAUAUGAACCAGCCACAAAGUCAACAACAGCAGCAGCAGCAACAGCAACAACAACAGCAGCAACAACAACAACAGCAGCAGCAGCAACAACAACAACAGCAGCAGCAGCAGCAACCACAACUAGGUUUGGAAACAUCUGAUCAGACUUUAAACAUGCGACCUAGUGAAAACGAUGUUCAAGCAACCUCAUCUCAAACAUUACAACACCCAUCAGAAAUACUGCGGCAUCAUUUAACUGAUUCUAUCUCUGCUUAAGCUCACUGUUAUCGGUGCCCCUCUGACAUAAGGGCGUAUGUCAAUUUCUACGUAAGCCCUGUUUCACAUAUAAAUUCAUGCUUUCUGGGGCUCACGAGGUAAUCGAGAUAUGCCCUUACUGCAGAAGAGCAACAAGUUGUAGAGCCGGAGUUCAGUAGCACCGAUAUUCUGGUUGCAUCUGAUUAAAUUAAGGAGUCAGGGAAAACAAUUUUUAUCACACUACCUGUUUAUUCCCAGGUAAAAGAAAGAGUUGACGUCCCUUGAUGUUUUUUUUUUCUUUUAAUUUUUAAUCAUGUGAAUAUGAUGUAUUCUCAUUUUUUAUUCUUGUUAAAUUGUUGCCUUACAUCAAUGGAUCUCAUUCCAAUUUGUCUUUUAGUAUUCUGUGGAACGCCCUUGAAAUUUUUAUUUUAAUUUCAUAUGAAAAGAUUCCUCUGCCUCCGGAUUGUGUAUUUUCUUAGCAAAGCUUAAUUUUUGCACAAAAGUGAAAUGACUUUCCCACCAAUAAUGUGUAGUCACAGAUUUCAUGAGUUGAAAUCUUUCAACUAAAAAGAACUAUUAGCAAGAAUUUUCUUUGGUAUUAUUAUGAAGCCUGCUUCACACCAAAGUGAGUUUGUGAAAGACUUCAUUAUCGAUGUUUCAGUUUUUGUUCCUUUCAGGUCAUCUUUUUUACAUAAAUAUAUCGCAUUCGUAAUAUUGCAGAAUGCAUGAACAUAAUGUGAUUAAUGUGCGUCUGUUACCCUAAGAAUAAACAGUGAUGUCAUCAACUAUGAUGCCAUAUUUGAAGUUAUCUUAAAAUGUGUCAUUUAUAAAAUAUUUACUGAUAUUUUAGGUAAUUCCUUUGUUCAAAAUAAAACUCGAGUUCCCUUUAAAAAAGUUGAAUCCAGUAAUAGUGGCAGACCUUGUGUGGCAUUCUGUGUCCUGGUCAACCAAAGUUUUUUUUUUCAUAAUUUGUAAUUACGUCAGUGGCCCUAACAGUAUUAUUUUUUCCCUUCAGUUAUCUAUUUUUGACUCACAGGCAUUGCAAGAUACAUUUCAUUGCAUUAUAGGCAUUGCAUUGACCGUACAAGAUAGUGUGAAAAAAACCUUUUUUCUCUUACCUGUUUGAAUUUUAGAAGAGGUCUCACGAACAGUUCCUAUUUGUUCCAUUAAAAUGAUUGAUUCUUUAAGAAAAGGUAUUUUUAAUAUUGAAAUGUUCUUCAUCAGGAAAUGAUAUAGUCUCAAAAAUCUCUUUUUUCACUAAAAUUCAGAUUCUGUGAUGUUUGCAAGUUCAGAGUGGAGAGGUUUAUCAAGUCUAUUUUUUUAUUUGAAGAUUAGUUUAUCACUAUUACCAUAUAUGUUUCAUGCUAAUUAAGAACGUAUAGAUUUCUGAAGUGUUAGCUGAAUCAAUUAUGUUCUUUCCUCAGUUUUUGGUGCCUUAAAUUAACCAAUUAUGUUGUGAGAGUCUAUAGUCAGAGUUUCUGUAGUACCAUCAGUUGCACACGGUUUGAUUGAAUAUUCUUGCUCUGCAACUGACGACAUAAGUGGUAGCUCUUCAAAUAAACAAAUUAGAUUUUACAGAAAAAAAAAAUUAUUCUUCAACUUCAAUUCUUGAUGCUGAAGAUUUGUUGACUCUAAAGUUUUUGUGUGGUCAGAUGAGUGGCUUAUCCCUCUCGGUCACCUGGCAUGUUAAUGGCGGAUUAGGAAAAGAAACAAAUAUGUUGAGAUUUAGGAGGCAGGGAAUCCAUCCUCAUGAACAAUUUUUGUUCUUUACCAUUUCUUGGUCGUUCCAUUUUGCUACCAUUAAAGGAUCAAACACCCAGCAGGCCAUCUAUAGUAAUAGUAUUACUUGAUUUAUUUUAUUAUUUAUUCAUUCAUUUUCUUUUUGUAGUAGCUGUACAGUAUCAUCCCAAUGUUGAAAUUUUUUAUGUUUUAAGGUGCUUUUAAAACUGCGAUAAUUAUAUUUAAUCUGAUUUGUAGUGAUUAGACUGUUAAGAUUGUAAAUCAUUUAAAAGAAUUGAGUGGUACUUUAAAUUAUAAUUCUGACUACCACACACUUUUCUAGGUUACCAAAAAGUACGAUAAAUUUCAUUUGCUCAUUCGAAUUUCCUUCAGAAGAAACAAAGGACAUAGGGUCGCCUAAGAAACACUAGUGCUCUUGCACAAUUUAAAAAAUCUCUCAGUGGAGUAACCAAGAAUCCUUUUUCUGAUGUCCUGAGAGAGGAACAGUCGGACAGAAAAUUUUUCUAUCUCUAUCGUAGUUCUCUUGUGGAAUUAUUGUUAGUUGAAAAACCACUAAGUUGUCUAUUUCAUUACAACAAAGCAUUUCUGUUCCUAAAUUAUGAAUUGAACGCGUUAUGUAGGCAGUAUACUUCCUCGACAACUUUUGAAAUACUUUUAAGUUGUUGUAACCCUCAUUCCCUCAAUGAAUCAAGGAUUCAAGUAACCUUGGAAGUAUCUAAUGAAAAAUUUGAAUUGUGACAAUGUUGCCACUGUAAUGAAACUUUGAAAUUUGCUGAACCGUCUAUUCGUUCAAAUAAACAGCAAUUACUCAACAUGUAGUCAGCUAUUUUGGAAAAACUUGUGUCCAAAAGUUUUCGUUAUGACUCUAAAGUGCAAGUUUUAAGCUCAUUUUCAUCAUUGAUGAUGAAUUAACAAAAGCUUCCGUCGUUCUUUCCCUCAAUUUUAGUUUCAGAUUGCAUUGAUCAUUGGGCUAGAAUAUGGUUUCUCUCAUCAUUCAAAGUCCUAGACCAUAAAAAAAUGUAUAGAGCAAAUGAAACAGUGCCGUUCUGAUGUUGUAGGAUUUAAUUCAGUUUGAGGGAAAGUGGUUCUUAGUUUCAUGGAUUUUUCCUGUUACAAUGCAAACUCACAAUCAGAUUUUUUCCAAUUCAUAAGAUUCAUACUCAGCAACAUUUUCGAAGAUUUUCAGUCCGCGCUUUUUCCCCCAUUAUUUAUGCUUCUCAAACAAUUGUUUAUUCUGAGGUAUAUACCCAUUUCUUUGUACGAAAGCCAGGAGGAUAAUCAAGAGUGUUUUAUCCAAAAAGGGUGUCUCUGCCAUGGAAAGAUCUGAAGUUAUUAAGGGUUUUGUAAAUGCUACGCUAUGACAAGUACUUGCGUACCAGAGUCAUUUUGCCCCAUACUUUCCUUUGAAGUGUAGCCAUUUUUCUGAUGUUUCCUCAUAAUGGACAUAUUAUUGAUCUGCCUCAUAAUGUGGAAAAUAUUUCACAUUCUUAGAAACAUUUCGUGUCAAAGAAGCCUCUUUUUAAUCAAAUUCUCUGAAAAUGUGUCUUUGAAUUUUUCGAAACUCGAGAUAUAUAUUGUGUUAUCAAACUCAGAAAAUUUGUAACUCAUUCUCAUCAGAGAGAAAGUUCUUCCUAAAUUUUCUUUUCAACCCCACCUUGCUUUUAUGUAAAAACACCAGAAGAUUUUAAUUUAAAAUGAUUAUUAUAAUAUAAAAUUUUAAAAAAAUGCAUGAAAAAAAAGAAGUUGAAAAUAUCAAUUGAAAGCUUGUUUUAUAACUUUUCAUACCUUUGUAAAUAUUUUCUUUCUAUAUGUAGCUAUAUUAAAAUAAUUGUAUAUACUUAUUUGUGUAUAAAAUGUCCUCCGUUA